UACAGCUAAAAAUCUCAUCUUUAAUAAUGGCAGCUCUUUCCAUAAGCUUCAUUGUAGGUGUAAUUGGUAACAUAAUAUCCAUAUUGGUUUUCCUGUCUCCAAUAACAACGUUUAGAGGUAUAGUGAAGAAGAAAGCAACAGAGAAUUUCAAAGGGAUACCGUAUAUUUGCACGCUGUUAAGUACAUCAUUAUGGACAUAUUAUGGUCUUCUUAAACCUGAUGGUAUGCUUAUUGUCACUGUUAAUGGUGCUGGUGCUGUUCUUCAAGUUAUCUACGUUACUCUUUUCAUCAUCUACGCACCUAGAGACUCUAAGAUUAAACAUUUGAAGUUGGUGGGGAUUUUGAACGUUGGGUUUUACGGGGCCGUAGUACUAAUUACAUUACUUGCUACACAUGGAAGUCUACGGCUUACCAUUGUUGGAUUCAUUUGUGCAGGAGUAACUUUAGGAAUGUAUGGUGCUCCAUUAGGAGCCAUGAAAAAUGUGGUAGUGACGAAGAGCGUGGAGUACAUGCCGUUUAUGUUGACGUUUUUUCUUUUUCUCAAUGGUGGGAUUUGGUCAGUUUACUCAUUACUCAUCAAGGACUUCUUCAUCGGGGUGCCAAAUGCGAUUGGUUUUGUGUUAGGAUCAGUUCAGUUAAUCAUGUAUAUCAUAUACAACAACAAAUCGAAGGCAAAGAAGUUACCGUUGGAGAAACUCGAAGAAGAAGGAGCAGCUCAUUUGGUUCAUGGAACCGUUGAAAUGGACAAGUACAACGAAGACAUGAAGAUAAAGAAAGAAAGAAGCCUAAACAAAAUAUGGAGUCUACCUAAACCAACUGUGUUAAGACAACUUAGUUUGCAGAAAAUUGUUAAAUUACAUUCUACGAAUGUAGAUUCUCUGCCACUUAGUACCGAGGAUGAUGAUGAUGUUGAGAAUCAAAAUCGGAACCUUGUUAACAACAUCAAACAUCUACCUAGGUAGUCAGUUUUACAAUUUGCGAAUCUAUUAAUAAGAGGUCUUGGGAACACCCUGAGCCUUCGGCCCC